AUGACAUGCAGAAAGUCAGGAACGACUUUUUUCCCUAAGGUGGACGCGGCUAUAUUGAGAUCGAAAUAUCCGCCUCCGUCUUCUCACCCUGAGGUCGUUGGCCCAACCUACGAUCUGCAAAAUGUCGAUCAUCCCAUCAAAGCAUGGUCCCCAGAUCUCCACAAUGCGCUUUUCCCCGAGUCAGAAGCUUAUGAACCUUCCAUCGUUCCGGCGAAGCCCCCUUGCCUCACCGACCGAUACUUACGCGCAUCACUUUCCGAAAACGAAAGACUACGACUUGCCGUUGUCUGGUAUUAUACGCGUGAUGUUGUGAAAGAGAAAGAGCUUCUUUCUGGCCUUCAAGAGAAAGCGCAUCUUGCCCAAGAAUCCACGGGAUGGAAAUACGCAGUCAUUGGUAUCCUUGAUAUCAAUGUCUAUAUACGACUGGCGACCGUAGGACUCGAGCUGGGCAUCCUCCCACGUGGCGAAACACUGUGCGCCCACACAGUCACCAAACCCCCUGGCAAAGUAUUUCUUCUACCAAGCCUUAUGGAGGACUGGAGAUUUCGGGAUUGUCCCUACCGUGAGAGUGGGGGACUGGAAGCCUACGCCGGUGUACCCCUUCGCAUACAAACAGAGUCUGGUGAUGGUGUAUGUCUUGGAUCACUCUGUGUGGCAUCAAAUAAGAGUGAGAAACCUUUGACAAAGGCACAACAUCAGGCGCUUGUACACCUGGCGGAUUGGGUAGUCUCUGACCUUGCUCAAUGUGUGAGAGCGAAACGACAACGAGAGCGCCAUCGAAUGACCGAACUUAUUGCCGAUGCCCGGACGAAAGGACAUGACCAGGGCUCUACUGAGCCAGUUAUGGAAAUAUUGAAAUCUGUGUACGUGGAUGCCAUCGUUCGCCUCCAUCCGUCAAGAACAGCUCGUGUUGAGUUUGAUGGGGGCUAUUCAAUCUCAGUGGGUGACCUUGAAGAAGGCCUAUGGGAAGACGCCGAAUAUCUUGACAGUCUCAUUGAAACAUCAAAUCACCUGGAGCUCCCGCGCAGUCGACCGGUUCGUAUUCUUGCAUGCUCCUGUGAAAGUCUAUCGGGUCCCUCUCUACUCGUUGUGGCAUCCAACGACUUCCAUAUCGUGUUUGAUGAUGUCGAUUUAUGGUUUAUUCAAGGAUGUGCGGAACUUAUCUCACAGAUCUGGCACACCCGGCUCUUAGAAGAGGCUAUGAAAGCAAAGGAGAAAUUCCUUCGAGCAUUUUCACAUCAACUACGAACACCAAUCCACGGAAUUCUUGGGUCUGUGGAACUUCUAACUGAGGAACUACUGGCGCAAAAUUCCAGCAAAAGUCUUCCACAAACUCUCGCAAUUGAGCAAAACCUACCAGCGUCCAAUUGCAUAGGUCCUUUUACUUAUCUCAACAUGAUCGAGACGGCGGGUCGAGAUUUGACCUCGGUCAUCAACAACUUGAUAUCCCUCAACAAGUGGUCUGACAUUGCCAUGGCAGAACGGCAAUAUUCUUUGUAUACGUUUGACGAUCUGGAGACUGAGCUCGAAAAUGAGUUCAACAAAUUGACUGCGGGAGAUGCUCGGUGCACGGCUUCAGUAUUCUUCACCCAUAACCUUUCACAAAGCCAUGUUACUUUUAACACUGACCUGAUGGUUCUCCGAGACACUUUACUUCCACUGAUUAUCAACGCAGUUCGUCACACGCCUGCUGGUGUUGUAUCAAUUAUGGCAUCAGCAGAUACGGAGAAGAGGCAGCUGAUAAUUGAUAUUGAAGACACAGGUCAGGGCAUUCACCCUGACCACCAAAAACGCAUCUUCGAACAGUAUGAAAAGGUUGAUCUGCAUUCAACAGGCGCUGGACUAGGCCUUACACUGGCGUCUAAAUUUGCAUUGCUCAUCAAUGGCUCUAUCGAUCUCGUCUCGUCAGAAGUUGAUCGCGGAUCCCUUUUCAGAGCGACAUUUCACGACGUUGAGUGGGGCUCUCUACCUUCUCCUAAAAACUUUGGCAACCUGCCCCGGGACUUUUUCACAAUGAAAUUUGGAUCCGAUGACACCCUGCCAAGUGAUCAUUUCGCAUCAUAUCUCGUACGGAAUGGACUCACUAGGUCAGAGAGUAUUCAGGGCUCUUUAGUAAUCUUCGAAGAUGCUUCAGACAAUGAGAAGCACGAGGCGCGUGUUGCGCAAAUUCCCACGGGUCAAGUCGCUAUUUGCCUUCUUCCAAAGCAGCACGACCGGAGUACUUUUGAUGAGACACAGAGCGAUGUUAUAUAUUUAAGUGGGCAUUUCAUGACGUCGAAGAUCCUUUCAGCCCUCGUGCAGGCACAAGCAAAGGCACAGACCCAUGUUCACCAGAACUGCUUGCGAGUGAUGAAUCUAUCUCCGGAACCCCAAGCCCCGAAGUGGAAUGCAUCGUCAAGAACGAAAAUAUCGAUCCGUUUAGUCCUGGGAAUCAUCGUCCCGAAAACCCCAUAUCACAAGCAUUACACAAACAACUUUCACCCCCCUCUAGAAUCAUUAACAGCGACCCCGUUUUUUCGGACUUCCUCUCGGCCCCAGGUUUUGAUUGUCGAUGAUAAUGCGGUCAAUGUUCGAGUUAUGGAGAAGUACUGCCAAAAGCGGGGUUUACCAUUUGUUUCAGCAGCCGAUGGGCUACAGGCGGUUCAAACAUUUUCUCAUCAGCAAUGUGAUGGGCCCAACGGCGAAAUUUCUGAUAUCCAGCUGAUCUUUAUGGAUCUUCAGAUGCCUGUCUGUGGGGGCAUCGAAGCCACUCGCCAGAUAAGGUCGCUGGAACUGCGGAAUAAGUGGACAAAAAGCUGCCUAUUCGUUAUGACUGGCCAAGAUAGCUCGACAGACAGAAGGGCAGCGGAAGAAGUUGGCGCUGAUGAAUACCUUGUGAAACCUGUCUCACUCGGAGAACUUGACCUUGUGGUAGGUCGGCAUUUCCCAAGUUUUGCAACAGGUAGGGAAUGA